CAUUGCCACACGUUUUUGCAGUGCUUUUCGCUGCCUGUUUCAACGCCCAUGUGUUGCCCUGUUGGUGCACGGCUGCCGACCUUCGACUUCUUCGAAGUGUUGCUUCAGCGAAGCGACCACGAGAGCAGCGAAGCCUUCGGCUUGAAGGUUUUAUGCUGCGAUGGUUUGUUGAUCAUGUAUGCAGAGCAGGAUAAUGGAAUUCUGCAGCGAUGGAACUGCGAUCAUCCGACGAAGAAGAUUCGCGAAGGCUAUGCCAUUAGCUCCGUGAACGGCAAGGAGGACUCGCAGGCCAUGUUGGCCGAGUUUCAAUCCGCCACCCGGAUCAGGAGCCGAGCCAGCCGCUUCGCCGGUUGGCCCAAAACAGCGGUUGGUCCAAAAGCGGUUGGUUCGGAAAACAUCAGGUUUCGUUGAUUGUUCGCCUCCUUUUUUUGACUUAGCUGGCGCCAGUUGAUUGUUGCAUGUUUUCGGGACUUGUUUGUAGCCUGCAUUUCUGUUCUGCUAUAUCAGCUGAUGAAUGUUCUUGUGUUUUCGGUUCGUGUUGCGUUCAACUUUUGAAAGGGGCG